GGAAGAUAUAAAUAGAAAUAACACGUGUAUUUUUAAAUAAUUUUGUUUAAUUCACAAUAAUUCAUAUAUUAAAAAAAAAAUGGGAAAACAAAAGAGACAAAAAAAUAGACCACAUAAAAAACAUCCUACAGGACUUUUAUCUGUUAAAGAUUUUGAAACAGAAGAAAUUGAUGAUGUUACGAAUGAUGAUCGAGAAAGUGCUUUAAGAAGAGUAUAUGAAGAAAUACAGUCUGUUAAUAUUGAGGAAAAACUAUCAGGAUUGCAAACGAUUGAAUCAAUGUCUUAUAAUUCAACUCUUGCUAUACAAAUUACAAAAAAUGGAAUUGCUAAAAUAAUAGGUCCAUUACUUGUUGAUAAAAAUAUUCUCAUAAGAACCAGCAGUGCAAGCGCUUUAAGAUAUUUAGCAGAUAAUGGAAAAAUGGAAGCACAUACUAAUUUAUUAAAUGAUGAUAUUAUGAGUCCAUUGUGUACUUUGUUAAAACAAUAUUAUACAGAUUGGCAACCAAAAGAUCAUAAUGAGAAAAACAAAGUAAUUGAUGAAAAAGAAGCAUUCAUUCAAGCAGUUACAUUAUUGUGGACAUUAUGUGAACACAAUGAAUUUGCUGUAAAAUGUUGCAAUGAAAAUGAUAUUGUUUCUAUCCUAACAAAAUUUUUUGAUAUCACUAUUUAUGGCAUAGAAAUUGCUACAAUUAUUACACAAUGUUUAUUAUCUUUGUCAGAAGAUAAUAUCAAUGCUAUUAAAAAACUUAAAAAUUCUGAAGAUACACUUAAUCAACUGUUAAACACAGAAAUAAAUAAUGCUAAUGUUUCUGAAAUAGCUUGUUUUAAAACUGCUAUAAGUGGUUUAUUAAUUAACUUGACUAACUAUGAAGAAAAUAUUUCUAUGAAUAUAAUCUGCAAAGUGAUAAAUGUAUUAUCUGAUACUCUUUCUAUUGAUUGUAAACAAUUAUUGUCCAAUUUGAUUUCAAUUUUACCCUAUGAAAAAAAUGCUUUUUCUAGUAAUGCAAAAAAAAGAGUACAAGAUAAUAGAAGGAUUUUUGGUGCACAGCAGCAAGCAUUAGAGAUUUUAGCCAAUUUAUGUUCAGAAGAUCAAGAAAAUGAAAAUGAAUCUGAUUUAGAAAAUUCAGAUUGUGAGAUUGAAAACAUAGAUGAUGUUUGUAUGGAUGAUAAAUUAUAUAAAACUAUGUUUUCUUUACCAUUGGAAAUAGUUGAAAUAUUUAAUAUCUGUAACAUAAUAAAUAAAGUAUGGGAUAAAACUAGAAUUAUAAACAAAGAUACAUUAGAAAUAUUAGAACAAAAUGUUGAAGGAAAAGAUAUCUUAAAGCAAAUUCAUACUCUAAAUUGUACAGCUUAUUUAUGUUUAAAUAAUUUAAUAUCAUGUUUAGAAAUUGAUGCACUUGGUGGUAUAGAAAAUGUAUAUAGGAUGUGGACAGAAAUUGGAACAAUUGUUUUCAAGGAUACAAGUGCAAAUGAUAUAGAAUUAUUAGAAUCUGCUACAGCAGCUAUGAGAGCUGCUAUUCAAAAAUUAUCUGAGGAGAAAGUAAAUAUUUUUAACUGUUUAACAUUAGCUGAUGUUCAACCAAUGUUAAACAGAGAACGACAAUGUUUAAAUGCUAAUAUUCAAGUAAAUUUGAUACGAAUAUUAGGAAAUUUGGCUUUGAUUUUAAGAAACAAUGAUACAUCUGAAGCUCGUGAAAUAAUUAAACAUAUAUCUAUAUUUUUGUUGGAUGCUUGUAUAUUAGAAUCAAAAGUUUGGGUAAUGGCAGAAUUUUUGGACACAAUAAUAGAUAUAUAUGCAGAAGAUAAUAGCGACCAAUUAGCAAAUGAAAUUAAAUUGCUAGAAAAAUUACAAACCUUGAUACCUUGUUUUAGAAAUAAAAUGAGACAACAAAAAAAAACUUUAGGAGACAAUGUUGCAAUAGUGUCCACAGUGAAUAUGAAUAUUAUGAAAUUUAUAAGGUAUAAAGAAAAAAGGAUAAGAAAUCUUUAAAAGAUUCUGUUUUUUUAUACAUUAACAAUUUUUAUCAAUUAUGUGUUAGUACAUUAAUGUACUAAA